AUGGGGAGAAGAUCCAUGAAUUCCACAGUUGUUCCCAAGUAUGGGGGUAGGGAAGAGGAAGAGCGGGCUGUCGGAUGGCACCUCCCCCCUCCCCGCGUACCCCACCCGGCCUGCUCCCCGGGUGCGCGCACACACCUCCCACCGCUUUGCCCAAAUUAUUUUCGAUCCCGGGAGACUCCGGAUGCCAGACGCGCUCGGCGGCGGCGGCGGCCGCCGAGGCCGCGCCUGAUUCAUUGCGCCAAAGCUGCAGAUGAGACCUCCUGCCUGCGCCCCGUGCCCCGGCCCGCGCCGGGAUUGCACGGUCUCCAUGGCAACCGCGGAGGAGGUCACGGUAGCUGGGCCCCCGCGCGUCACCCCGCGCCUCGCUGGCUGCAGGCGCCCGGAUUGCGGCCUCCCAGGCGCCGCGGCCCUCGUGGACUCAGCUCCGAGUUCUCCGCCCCCGCUCCGCCCUGUCCGCGGCCCAGGCCCCCGCCAUGUGACUCUGCUGGGUCCCCACCGGCAAUGGCGCACCUGGGCACCAGUGCGCUAGGCUAUACCUCUGUCCCCCGGCUCUGGCACGCGGGCUGCGCCACGAAACACGUGCCCAACUCCAAGACUGGAACAUGUGCGGCAAGACGCCAUCGAGGGGCUCUCUGUACUUGUGAUGCCCUGGGGAGUCGACCUAUAUUGGCGCACAACUCCAGAGCUGUUGCCAAGACGAGACCACCCGAAGCUAAGAACGCUGGCUCUGGAGAGUCAGACCCGAGCCCCGCCUGGGUAACUUACUAGAUGUGUGACUGAGGCCAAGUCACAACCUCUCUGCGCCUCAGCUUGUUCAUCAGCAAAAUGGAAUUGUGUGAGGCUUA